AAGUUUCGUAUGAGCACUCCACAUGCUCUGGUAGGUUUAUUCCCACUGAACUCGUCGGAAUAGUCAAGCGUUACUUUGCUCCUUUGCUCCUUUGUCUCCAACAUGCCUGUGCUAUUAACGAAUGAGCUUUCACCGUAGAUUUAACCGGAACAUGAGAGGGGUAGCGUACAACCACUCCGGCGGCGAUCUCGUGGCGCGUGUGGACCACGCGGUAAGAUUUCUCUGGAUAUGGCCCUUGUAGCCUCAUCGGACCGAGAUGCUGCGACUAUUCAUAAUGAGCGUCGCGCGCCCAGCUUUUUUUCCCAUGCAGUCAGAGGUGUUUGUCGACAAGAAGUUGAAGUCGCGCUUUUGCUUCAAAAUAGAAGAACGCUCAGAAUCCCCCCGCCUGGAUAUUGUAGUCGCCUGAGCUGGGCCAGAUCGUCGCCAUGGGCAAAAUAUUUAAUGUCUCGCUCGCGAUCUUCGCUGCUACGGGUUCUUUCCUGUUUGGAUACGAUGCCGGUGUCAUGACCGAUGUUAUCGGGUCCCCAAAUUUCCUCGAGUACUUCAACACCACUGAUACCUCCUCCAUUAUUGGUGCCAUCAAUUCCACCUUCAAUGGUGGCGCCGUAUUUGGGUCGCUGAUGGGAGGUCUCACCAUGGAUCGCUUCGGGAGAAAGAUGACGAUUCAGAUGGGCGCGCUGAUUUGCAUGGUUGGUGCGAUUCUCCAAGCUGCGGCUGUGAACUUGGGGAUGAUGCUUGCUGGCCGUAUCAUGGCUGGGUGGGCGGUGGGGUUGCUCAGUAUGAGUGUACCGGUUUACCAAUCUGAGUGUGCGCACCCGAAGAUUCGUGGUAUGAUUGUCGGCAUGGCCCAGCAAAUGAUUGGUGUUGGUUUCAUUGUUUCGACAUGGGUGGGAUACGGAGCUCAUCACAGAGAUCAAUCUGCGUUCCAAUGGCGAUUCCCCUUGGCCUUCCAGGCUGUACCAUGUAUCAUCCUAUUCUGCGGCUUGUUCUUCUUCCCCGAAAGCCCACGUCACUUGAUCGCCACCGAUAGGGAGGACGAGGGCUUGAGGGUGUUGAAGAAGCUCCACUACGAUGGACACAAUGACGAGUGGAUAGAGAGCGAAUUUAACGAGAUCAGACAGACCAUCGCGGCUGAGAAGGCCAUCACGGUUCCAGGCUGGAGAGUCAUGUUUACAGUGAAGGAAUGGAGGAUAAGAUUGUUCCAUGGUGUUGCGGUCCAAGUCUUCACUCAACUCAGUGGAAUCAAUGUUAUUGGCUACUAUCAAGUUCCCAUGUACAAGGCUUUAGGCUUCACAGGCGGCAAGGAAAUUCUCCUCUCUGGUAUCUACAACUGUGUUGGUCCACUAGCAAAUUUGAUCUUCAUCGUCUUCAUCCUCGAUCGCGUUGGCCGUCGCAAGCCUCUCCUCAUGGGCACCAUCGGUAUCACUUGCGCCCUAAUCUGCGAGGGAGCCAUCAAUUCCCAGAACACAGACGGCUCGAGGCACAGCCUCUCCAUUGCCGGCGUCUUCUUCCUCUUCCUGGUCUCCGCCAUCUUUUCCUGGUCCUUCGGUCCCAUCUCCUGGGUGUACAUGUCCGAAGUCAUGCCUAUGCAGAUCCGUGCUCGCGGAAACGCCUUCGCCACCGGUAUUGGAAACUGGCUCGUCGCGACGCUGUUCGCGCAGGUCAGCCCAUUGGGACUUGAGAAGUUGGGCUACAAGUUCUACUUCGUCUUUGUUGCGUUCAACGUCGUCAUUACGUUCCCCGUCAUCUUCUUCUUCUUCAAGGAGACCAACCAAGUAUCGCUCGAGGAUAUCGAUCUUCUGUUUGGCGAGAGAGCAUUGGGUACGUUGCCAGAUGAUUUGCGCAAAGACAAGAACUUGACGGAGCUUGAGACAAGGGAGGAGAUCACCGGAGAGAAGUACUGAGGGGUUCUAUUUUAACCCUCGCGACGCCCCGUAGCUCAAGGCACUCAUCAUGAUUUCAUGUUUAGUGAGAAUUGAAUAUUAACUUGAGGAAAUCUCAAAAACUAAUCAUUCUUCAUUGAGUUGAAUUUUAAACAUCAAUCUAUCUGGCGGCGUAAAUCCAAGGCACGUGAUUG